AUGCUUCCCUGGGCAAAUACUGUAAAGACGCAUUUGCACGCUUGGUUCGGUGGUAACGAGCUAGGCAACGGCAUUGCUGAUGUGCUAUUCGGUGUCGUCAAUCCCAGCGGAAAACUACCUCUUUCCUUCCCGCGACGAAUCGAAGACAAACCGACAUUUCUGAAUUUUGGAAGCGAGAGAAGGCAAGUCAUAUAUGGCGAGGGCAUCUACGUUGGUUACAAAUACUACGAAAAGGCCCUCCUAGAUGUGCUCUAUCCAUUUGGGCACGAUCUGUCAUAUACUUCCUUUGUAUAUUGCGAUUUGACUGUCGACACCACAUCCGCUAAACUCAAUGUUCGUAACUCCGGAGACGUUGCAGAAGCAGUCUAA